CUCGGUAAAAGAGAGUUAAUCCUUUGAUCAAGAUUCCCAAUUUCUACCCAAAUGCCGUUGUUUUCAUUUGAUUGAAGCUCUCAGCCCUAAUUCCCCUCACCUUUAUGAUCUGACAGUGAUCUUUAAUCAGUUUGAUCCAACGAUCCUCGUUAGAAGGCGUUUUUGCUUGUAAAAAGCACAGCAGUCUCUGUAACGGUGAGGGCAUAUAUGGUAAAAGGCUGUCUUUUGCUCUGGCGUUAUGAUAGGUGCUCUGGCAGGUUCAUAAGCAUUACUAGUUCCAAAUUCUCUGAAACAUUACUGCAGAAAACCCCCUGAGGCUCGGAAAAAAUGGCUCCCAAAGUUCUAAUGGUUGCAGAGAAGCCAAGCAUUGCUCUCGCAAUCGCUUCAGCUCUUUCCGGUGGUCGAAUGUCAACCCGAAGAGGUAGUACCGAGGUCCAUGAGUUUGAUGGAAUGUUUUUGGGGUUUCCGGUGCACUAUAAAGUGACAUCAGUGAUUGGUCAUGUUUUCAGUGUAGAUUUCCCAGCACGUUUUCAAGAUUGGAAUUCUACGAAUCCUCUGGAUCUCUUUGAUGCACCUAUUGUUAAAUCAGAAUCGACACCAAAGGCUCAUAUUUGUAGGCAUUUAAGCCAAGAAGCUCGUGGUUGUGGACACUUGGUAUUGUGGUUGGAUUGUGAUCGUGAAGGAGAAAAUAUAUGUUUUGAAGUCAUUGAGUGCACCGGAUUCCAGUCAACACCUGGCAAGAAAGUUCAUCGUGCUCGAUUUUCAGCUGUAACUGAGAAGGAUAUUUUGAAAGCCAUGAAUAGCCUUGUUGAGCCUAAUAAAAAUGAGGCACAGGCUGUGGAUGCCCGUCAAGAGAUAGAUUUGAAAGUUGGAGUUGCCUUCACACGGUUCCAAACAAGUUAUUUCAAUGGGAAAUAUGGAAACCUUGAUUCAAGAGUGAUCUCUUAUGGGCCAUGUCAAACUCCAACCCUUGGCUUUUGUGUGCGCCGUCACCUGCAAAUUAAUACUUUUAAGCCAGAAAAGUUUUGGACAUUGCAUCCUUACAUAAUGUACAAGGGCUAUGAACUAAAAUUAGACUGGCAGCGUCACAGGUUAUUUGACUCAGAUGUCACACAGAUGUUCAGAAACUUUGUAAAAGAGGAUGGGUUCCUGAAAGUUAUUGGUAUAUCCGAAAAGCAAGUGUCAAAAGGUCGCCCCACAGGUCUCAACACAGUGAACCUUCUGAAGGUUGCUUCAAGUGCUUUGGGCUUUGGACCCCAGCUGGCUAUGCAAUUGGCUGAGCGUUUAUAUACACAAGGCUUCAUCAGCUAUCCCCGAACGGAGAGCACUGCAUAUCCGGCUUCAUUUGAUUACAAAGGCACUCUUGGAGCCCUAGCCCGCAAUCCAGUUUGGGGUGAUUAUGUUCAGCAACUUUUAUCUGAUGGCUAUCAUAAGCCUCGAUCGGGAACUGAUGCAGGUGAUCACCCUCCAAUAACUCCAAUGUCUUCGGCUACCGAGAAUAUUCUGGGGCAUGAUGCAUGGAAGCUCUAUCAAUACAUUUGUCAACAUUUUCUUGGAACUCUUUCUCCAGAUUGCAAAUAUACAAGGAUAAAGAUUGAAUUUGAAUCUGGUGGAGAAUCAUUCUACUGUGUUGGGCAGCAUGUCUUGGUGAAAGGAUUCACAUCCAUUAUGCCAUGGUUGGCAGUUACCGAGAUAAAUAUACCUCAGUUCACUGAAGGGCAGAAAAUUGACAUAUCAAGAAUUGAAGUAGACGAGGGAAGUACACAACCUCCAGAUUACCUUAGUGAAAGUGAACUUAUCUCUUUGAUGGAAGAGAAUGGGAUAGGGACGGACGCAUCCAUCCCUGUACAUAUUAACAACAUAUGCGAACGCAAUUAUGUACAGGUACAAGCUGGAAGAAGAUUGGUUCCAACUGCUUUAGGUAUCAGCUUAAUAAGAGGCUACCAACUUAUAGACCCAGAUCUCUGUUUGCCUGAUAUUAGAAGUUUCAUCGAGCACCAGAUAGCCCUUGUAGCUAAAGGACAAGCAGAUCAUUCAUUAGUUGUUGAGCAUGUGAUAGAGCAGUUUAAGAGGAAGUUUAUUUACUUUGUCAAGCAGAUUGAAAACAUGGAUGCGUUAUUUGAAGCAGAAUUUUCUCCACUCUCGGACUCCGGACGCGUGCUUAGCAAAUGUGGCAAAUGCUUACGGUACAUGAAGCACAUACCUACCCAACCGUCACGGCUGUACUGUGGGACAUGUGAAGAAAUUUAUUAUACUCCCCCGAAGGGUACAAUCAAGGUAUCGCAUAUAUCACCUGAACUAUACAAGGAACUCACCUGUCCUCUGGAUAACUUUGAGCUUUUGAUCUUUUCAAUGCCUGGUCCAGAGGGUAAAUCGUUCCCAUUCUGUCCUUACUGUUACAACAAUCCUCCAUUUGAAGGUAUCGAUAAUUUAUUUGGUGCAAGUAAAAGCAGUGGUAGUGUUAAGUUGGGUAAGGGAGCUGGCAUGCCGUGUUUCCUCUGCCCACAUCCUACCUGCCAGCAUUCUAUGAUAUCCCAAGGUGUUUGUGCUUGCCCAGAGUGUGAUGGUACACUAGUGCUUGACCCUGUCAGUGCUCCCAGGUGGAGGCUGUAUUGCAAUAUGUGCAACUGUCUUGUUUCCCUUCCUGAAGGCGCUCAUAGAAUCUCCACGACUAGGGAUCAUUGUCCUGAAUGUGAUUCGACUAUCAUAGAGGUGGACUUCAACAAGAAGACUACCCCUUUGAAGGAUGGAGCUACGUUACACAUUGGGUGCAUUCUUUGUGACGAAUUGUUGUAUUCACUCGUUGAGAUGAAGCAUGGGAAGUCGUUUUCAAGAAAAGCAAGACACAGAGGACGGGGCAGGGGAAGAGGGCGAAGAGGUUAUAGUGGAAGAGGAAGGGGCGGCAAGAAGCAACACGAUCCAAGAAUGAGCUUCCGUGAUUUUUGAACGAAGUCAUGUCUACAUUUUUAAAAUCUGUUGUUCAACUACAUGUGGAUUAGUUAUGACUCUCAUUUCAGCAUGACAUGACCAUGAAUACGGCCAGACGUACAGGACCGGACAAUGGUGGUUUGGACACACAAGAUUUGUUGGAUUGCUCAGAAGAUAAGUUUCUUCUACCAGUAGCUGAGACAAGGGUGAAUACAUUUGCUGGGAAUCCUUUAAAACUUGUUUGAAGCAUACUGGAAUGCUUUGUGGCGCGGACGUAAUGUAGGGGAAAACUUAUUUUGUAGGACGAUAAUAGGCUGGUGUGGAAUUUCCUAUUUCAUUGUGAAGACAUUUUUGAUGGUAUAAAAGCAUUAAUAGUGAGUA